AUGGGGAAUGCGAAUGGGAAGGAAGAAGGAGGCGGAGAUGGCGCGGAAGAGGAUGGAUCCAAUGGGGAAACCUCGGUUAUGCAGAUGCAGCGGCCGCCACCGCCUCCGCCGCCCAAUUCAAGCCGCCCAGCUGGUCGAGUCGGUUCGACGGAUACUAUGCAGCCAGUCAAUAACAGUAGCAAUCCACCACAUAGUCCAGCUCGCUCCGCCUCGCCUCUCUUGUUUGCUCCACAGGUUCCUGCAGCACCAUUACCGAGGCCUGAUGGCUUCCCACUUCAAUUGUGGCGGAAUGAACCUCAGCCCGUUGUUGUUGAUCAACCUUCUGAAAAGGCUAUCCCGGUAAUCAUCACCUGGAACUAUGGUGGCAAUGAGGUUGCUGUGGAAGGAUCGUGGGAUAAUUGGCAGUCAAGGAAGUUAAUGCAAAGAACGGGGAAGGAUCAUUCUAUUCUUCUCGUGCUUCCAUUAGGGAUAUACCAUUAUAAGUUCAUUGUGGAUGGGGAGUGGAGAUAUACUCCAGACCUCCCUUUUGUAGCUGAUGAGAUGGGCAGUGUUUGUAAUGUUCUUGAUGUUAAUGAUUACGUACCAGAAAACCCAGAGAGUGUCUCAGAGUUUGAAGCUCCUGCAUCACCGGACUCAAGUUAUGGACACACGUAUCCUUCCGAGGAGGAAUUCGGGAAGGAGCCUGCUGUCGUUCCAUCCCAGCUGCAUCUUACCGUCCUUGGUAUGGAGAACCCGGUCGAACCUGCUUCAUCAUCAUCAUCAUCUCCUCCUUCAAAGCCUCAGCACGUCGUGCUGAACCACCUCUAUAUCGAUAAAGGAUGGGCUUCUAAGUCGCUGGUCGGUCUCGGGAUGACCCAUCGGUUCGAAUCCAAAUACGUCACUGUUGUCCUUUACAAGCCAUUGGAAAGGUAG